AUGAACAUACCAAAAGAAAAUACAAGUACCAAAUUGGAAGUCACAAUCGAAUUUGGAAAGGAUAAAAAACUAAAGGUUGUUAAAAAGUUGAUAAGUAAUAACAAUGUAAGAAAUGUCGACAAUAAUAUCAGUAAUGAUAAUAGAAACAGCAAUAGUAGUAGUAAUAGUAAUGAUAAUAGUAACAGUAAUCGUAACAGUAAUCGUAACAGUAAUCGUAACAGUAAUCGUAACAGUAAUCGUAACAGUAAUCGUAACAGUAAUAGUAGCAGUAAUAGUAGCAGUAAUAGUAGCAGUAAUUACAAAAUAAAAGAAGAGCCAACUCAAUCACUCUUCAGUCAGGAGAAUUAUGAAGAAGGCAUGAAAAUUUAUUUAGAAUAUUUUAAAAAAAAUUUUACAAAGUAUCAAGAAAAUAGUAUAUAUAAUGUACAUAACACUACGGACAUUAAACAAAAAAUGAAAGAAACUAUUUCUGACCUAAUGAACCUAAUAAAUGUUGAGUAUGAUUACGCAUACCAUUUUUUGAAAGCCUAUAACUUCAAUUCGGAUAAUUUGAUUGAGGCAUGGUUUAAAAAUUCGAAAGAUGUUCUUAUGAAGUCCGAUCUUUGUCAUAUAAUGGAAAAAGAAAUUAUGAACGAAAAAGGUGGCUAUGCUAUCCCUACAGGGAAUAACGCAAGUGAUACAGAUGAAGGAGGGCAUUAUGUAAACGCUUCAAAUCAAGUAGACCAUAGAGACAAUACGCUUCUGGUCCCCCAACUCGGUGAUACAGGCAAAAGGCAAAAAUACACCUGCCCAGUUUUAUUAAACGAAUACGAUAUGAAAGACACAUAUGCCUUAAAUUGUGGUCAUAGGUACUCCAAAGAAUGUUGGUUAAGAUAUUUAGAAACGUCUCUAAGUACUGAUUUUGAAGAGAAUGUAAUUAUUAAAAAAUGUAUACAUCUAGACUGCAAAGAGAUAGCCAAAAUGAAAGACUGGAAAUGUAUUUGUACCGAAAAAUUGUAUGAAAAAUAUGAACAGAUCUUAGUACAAAUAUUUAUAAACAAAAGUUAUAAUUUAAAAAAAUGUCCAAACGUAAAUUGUGAAUAUAUCAUAGAAUCAAUUAUGCUAAAAAAUAAUAAUGUUGUAUGCAAAUGUGGCUUUAACUUUUGUUUUCUUUGCUCUCAUGAAUUUCAUAGACCUGUCACUUGUACUCUCAUUAAACAGUGGAAAGAAUUACAAAUAAAAGAUGAUCAUAACAUUAAAUGGAUUAGUAUACAUACAAAAAAAUGCCCCAAUUGUAAUAAAUCAAUCGAAAAAGCGUCAGGAUGUAUGAAUGUAAAAUGUAUUUGUAGCUUCAGUUUUUGUUGGUUAUGUUUAGAGAGUUGGAAUAACCAUAAAGGGGGGUUUUAUAAAUGUAACAAAUAUAUUGAAAACAACAAAACAAAUGAAAAUGAAAUGAACAAAGAGCAAAAAGAACAACAAGAACAAAAAGAACAAGAACAAAAAGAACAAGAACAAAAAGAACAAGAACAAAAAGAACAAGAACAAAAAGAACAAGAACAAAAAGAACAAGAACAAAAAGAACAAGAACAAAAAGAACAAGAACAACAAGAACCACAAGAACAAAAAGAACAAAAAGAACAAAAACAAAAAGAACAAAAAGAACAAGUAAAAAGAAAUUAUCAUUCUAUUCUUAACAAAUACAAUCAUUUUAAAACCAGAUUUGAUGCUCAUCAGCAUGGAGAAGAAUUCUCUAUAAGCACUCAGUUACUGUUCCUUCACAAUUUCUGUAAAUCGAAUAAUAUACAACUACAUAAAAUGAAAACCUUCGAAGAUUCUAUAAUACAAACUAUUAAAUGUAGACAAAUAUUGAAAUGGUCCUAUGCCUUUGCUUAUUUUUCUAAUUGGAAAGAUGAAAAUCAGAAAUAUUUUUUCGAAUAUCAUCAAGGAGAACUAGAAAAAAAUUUGGACAUGUUACAACGAAAAACAGAAAAUAUAGAUAUAUAUCAAUUUAUAAAUAAUAGAUAUGACAAAAACGUUAGAGAAAUUGAGGAGUUGAUCAAAGUAGUCCAUGUGUUCUUUAAAAAUAUUUGUGACUUCAUUGAAAGCAAUUUUAGCUAG